CUCGUUCUCCUGCACUCGACUCGUGACGCGAGGCCUGACGAAUGUAACAUCGUCACAUCGAAUUCUGGCCUGGUUCGACGCCAAAUCCAUGCAUUUUGACCCCAAUCUCGACCGCUAGAUUGACUCGAACAACCCAGGAACCAUGUCAGGCCCGCCACCGUCGCGUCAGAUGAGCGGAACGAAGGAAAUUCCGACGAGGAAAGUGCUCGUCAACGACCCGAAAGAGCUGCCGUCGGACUACUGCACAACGCCUGGCGGUACAAUGUUUGGUACAACUCCAGGAGGUACGCGUAUCAUCUACGAGCGGCAGUUUCUGAUGAACCUGCGCGAUUCACCUCUCGCCAGAACACCUCCGGCCAACCUUCCCGUCAUCCCAGGAGUGACAGUGAAAGGUGAUGCAGCUGUCAAGACCAAUGGAAAGGUGGCCUGCAGUGAAAAUAACAAGGAGGCAGUGACUAACGAUACUGCUGAGGAACCACAGUUUGAGAUGGAUAUCUGAGACACUCAACAGUCAGCGUGCGUUCAUCAGGUAGUCUACCGCCCUCGUGUGGAAAAAAAACACGGGCAUCCAGGGGGAGGGGGGGUCAGGUUUGGGCGUUAUAAAGCUACCACUCAGAUUGAGGGAAAUUAUAGAAAAAAAAGAGGGGGAAUAACUGGUGCAAUAACACAUCGUCCAAAGUUGCUUCCUUGACGACAGAAUGCAGUCAAGGAAUGUGUUGCUAAGGUAAAUUUGAGCCACUCCUUUUUUUUGUGCGUGUUGUAUGUGCCUAUGCAUCACCCACAAACGGAUCAAGGUUAUGUUUGGAUUGGUUCAAGCCCUGGACUGACUCUUUAUCUCAGCGGAUGAGUGCCCUGUGGCAUCUGUUAUGGAUGCUGUGACCAUGGCAACUUCAAGACGGUGCUCAGAUUUACAGACAAAUUUCUUUGGUUUAUUGUAUCGGAAAUAAUUUGGCGGACUUGCAGUCGAGACAACACUGUGGCAACAGACAGGAACCUACUACAUGUACAUGUAGUAUUUGCCGCAAAUUGAAUGGACUCUACAGUACAACACAAGGAAAAGAUUUAAUCAAGUGUUUCAAUUUGAUGAUUCUUCAACUUUGACUUUUUUGUCCUUCAAUAUGCUGGCAGUCAAUUAGUUUAUCUCUGUGUACAAAUUCUUUUUCAGUCAGAAUUGCCAUCAAUUGAAAUGACAUGACCCUGGUCAUGUUAUUCUAUGCCAAACCUAUGCAGAGUAUUUGUUGCUUCAUGUUCAUCCCUGGAAAUCUGACAAAAAAUCAUGUUACAAUCUUUCAACAUGAGGAGAAAAACCCCUGGAAAAGUGUUUUUGUAGCUUUUUCAGUAUUUGCAUUUUUUCAGGGACAAGUUAAUGUAGGUCACCCCAGUGUUGUAGUCAAGACCAUUGCAAGAUGAGACACAAGACCAGACACAAGACAAGUCACAAGACAAGUCACAAGU